UCAUACUAUUCCUUAUACCUUCUCCCCUCCAAUACAGGCAAUCUUUCUUGAUUAUAUUUCUCUGUUAUAGUAUUCCUUAUUUUUACUGAACUGGCUAACACUCAGGAAACUCUGGAGGAAACUCAAAACAAAAGGGUGGUAAUAGCCCUAUAUGAAGCCUUGAGCUCACACGACGUCGUUCAGGUCCAGAUCCUACUGGCCGCCGACCUCGAGUGGUGGUUCCAUGGUCCACCUUCUUACCAGUUCUUGAUGCAAACCCUCACCGGCACUGCCAAGGACGCUUUCCACUUCAUCCCUAAGAGCAUUGACGCCUUUGGGUCCAUUGUACUCGUCGAAGGCUGCGACCCGACCCGCUCCAUUACUUGGGUUCACGCCUGGACUGUAGCCGAUGGGGUAAUUACCCAGGUUCGGGAGUACUUCAACACCUCGCUUAUUGUGACCCGUUUUGGGAAGAAAACCCGAUCGGAUUUUGAGUCUAUAACGCCCCUGCAUUGCCCCUCUGUUUGGGAGAGUAGCCUCGCUAAUCGGGUCGGGAAAUCCGUUCCGGGUCUGGUCCUGGCUCUCUAGCUAAAAGUGUAGUUUGUGGUUGGUUCUAGUAUGGGCUGAAGUUCUUUUACUGUUUGGUUUGGUUUUAAUUUUGUUUAAGUUUAUUUGUUGUUGUGGUCGAGUUAACCAAUGAUGAUUGGGAGACCCUUCUUCUUGGUGUGUUUGGUUUGCAAUAAAAGUGAUUUUCUUUGGUUGGUUAGAAA